CACAGGGCAAAAUUGAAAAUAUUCGCGAUCGCAGCGGCUUGUAGAGGAUUUGAAUAACCACGACGAACCCGACCUCCAAAAAAGUGAUCAGGGAUAAUUGCAAAUAUCUGCUGAACACUUCGGUUCCUGCACGAAUCAACUGCCCACAACAAUCAACCAUCCUAAAAAAAUCUCGAAAGCAAGAAGCAAACAACCCCACAUCCACUUCAACAACCACCCAUCAUGGCUGCCAACGGCGAUAAGUUUGGCAAUGACCUGCCCGAGUCCGGCUCGGAGUCCGAAAACGAGUCUCUCGAUGAAGAGGUUGAAGAGCAGGAGCAGAAGCCGCUUAAGUCGGCCAUGAAGAAGCCCCUCGUCGCUCCUCCCGUCCAGCGACCUGAACUCCCCCCACAGACCGAUCCGAAGGACCUCGACGUAAAGACACUGUCGCCGACCACCCCUGAAAUCAUUGCGAGACAGGCGACAAUCAACAUCGGCACCAUCGGCCACGUCGCUCACGGAAAAUCGACGGUGGUGAAGGCCAUCUCGGGUGUGCAAACCGUCCGUUUCAAGAACGAACUCAUCCGCAACAUCACCAUCAAGCUUGGAUACGCCAACGCAAAAAUAUACAAGUGUGAUAAUGAAGAGUGCCCGCGGCCCGGCUGCUACAGAAGCUACAAGAGUGAGAAGGAGGUGGACCCGCCAUGCGAGCGCGAAGGGUGCAGUGGCAAGUACCGUCUGCUGCGACACGUCUCCUUCGUCGAUUGCCCCGGUCACGACAUUCUCAUGAGCACUAUGUUGUCUGGUGCGGCAGUGAUGGACGCUGCCCUUCUCCUGAUUGCUGGCAACGAAACCGUACCCCAGCCUCAAACAUCGGAGCAUUUGGCCGCUAUCGAGAUCAUGAAGCUCGACAAGAUCAUUAUUCUGCAGAACAAGGUCGAUUUAAUGCGGGAAGAGGCUGCCCAACAACACUACCAGUCCAUUCUCAAGUUCGUAAGAGGAACCCCCGCCUCCAAAUCGCCCAUCAUCCCCAUCUCGGCCCAACUGAAGUUCAACAUCGACGCCGUCAACGACGCUAUUGUGAACACCAUUCCGAUACCCCCCCGAGACUUCACAAUUGAGCCGCACAUGAUGGUGAUUCGGUCCUUUGAUGUUAACAAGCCUGGUGCUGAGAUCGAUGAGCUGAAGGGCGGUGUUGCUGGUGGCAGUAUUCUGCACGGAGUCUUGAGGUUGGGCGACGAGAUCGAGAUCCGGCCUGGGAUCGUCACGCGUGAUGACAAGGGCAACCUCCAAUGCAAGCCUAUUGUCAGUCGUAUCGUAUCGCUCAACUCGGAAUUCAACGACCUCAAGUACGCCGUACCCGGUGGCCUGAUUGGUGUCGGUACUCGCAUCGACCCUACUCUCUGCAGAGCCGAUCGUUUGGUCGGUUUCGUGUUGGGUCUCAAGGGUCGCCUCCCCUCUAUCUACAGCGAGAUUGAGGUCAACUUCUACCUCCUCAAGAGACUGCUCGGUGUCCGAACCGCAGAUGGCAAGCAAGCCAAGGUUGCUAAGCUGACCAAGAACGAGAUUCUGAUGGUCAACAUUGGUUCCACUUCUACCGGUGCCAAGGUCGCUGCUAUCAAGCAGGAUGCCGCAAAAUUGAUUCUUACGAGCCCUGCCUGCACAAAUCUUGGGGAGAAGAUUGCGCUAAGUCGACGUAUCGAGAAGCAUUGGCGUCUCAUCGGAUGGGCCACGAUCACUGCUGGUGUGACCUUGGAGCCAACUGUGUCCUGAACGAAUCAUUGAACACCAAUUCAAACGACAUAAGCGCAUGCUACAUUUCCACGGGCUAUAGUUUGAGGAUAAAAGAACCGCAGAGGGCACGGGGAAUCGGUCAUGGCUCAAGAUCAAGGAAUCCUGAAGGCCGUGCCAUUGAGUGAUCUCUACUCGGGGGUGUUUCAGCGGCUGGUAAACAUGCCUAGGAGAACAUGUAUCGUAGUUAGCGGUUCUAUAGAGGAAAAUCAAAAUAUGUCACCAAAA